UCUUUUGUUAUUUUUUGAAGUCUAUUUCUCUUUUCACUGUCUCUCGCAAUCUCCGACUCUCUCCUUCUUAUUUCGUCGCCGUCGCUACUCUUUCUCGUCGGUGGUAUAGUGUCAACUUUCAAGGAAGAUGGCUAGUGGUAGCCUGAAGAGCCUUAUAUCUUCAGCAGUGGGUCGAGGUGUGACCGAAGCAAGAGCAAGGAUUUUCGGACAUAUGCUUAACCCAACGGGACAGAGAUCUCCUCAUAAGAUAUUAAGGAAGAAGCUUAUUGGUGAUAAGGUUGCAGAAUGGUAUCCAUACGACAUCAAGAAUGAGGAUCCCAAUGUCUUGGCUAGAGAAGAAAAAGAGCGGAUAUCGAAGCUUGAGAUGUUGAAACGUCGUGACAAAGGACCACCAAAGAAGGGUCAUGGAAAACGUGCUGCGAAGCGUAACAAGUAGAAGUAAUAACCAUAGCUACAAAAAAUUCUCUGCACUCUUAGAGUCAAACUCUUCUGGUUGAAUCAGAUAGAACUUAUAAGUGAAAAUUUCUCCUACUUAAAACUGAAUUGGUUUCCAAUGAUGUUACUAUGUUGAGACAUAGUUGAAAGCUAUUUGCUUCCCUUUUGACUAAAAAUGUCAAUGGCUUUUGUUUCUCUUCUCUUACUCUUUUAGUCUUUAGAGUUUUUUGAGAUUAAUAUUGGUGAGAUGUUUGUACUUUUUUGAUCUAGUUUUUCUUAUCUCGUGAUAGAUUUCAAAUCCUCUUUGUCAGUCUUUGAUGUUGGAUUGAAAGUGAAUUUAUAGAUUUUUACCUUUUCGAA